AGAAAGGAGACAUCCCUCCCUCGCUCCCCCUCCCUUGCCAUCCGUCCCCAUCCCUUCCCCUCCCUCUCCGUCCGACACCUCCAAUCCAAACAAUACCUUAAGAGUUUUGUGUUGCUUCUGAUUGCUUGAAUUUCCAGAUCUAGUUACUGUCGAUGUUGAUUGAAGGAAUGUUGUGUUUUCUUUACAGAUCUGAUAUACAUUUGUAGAGGAAUUGAUUUUUGAAUUAGAUCUAUUGGUCAUUAUUAUUAUUCUGCGAGGAACCAGAUUUGAGUUCUAUUAGAGAGGAGGUUUGAGGAAGAAGUAGAUGGUGAUUGGAGUGGUAGUAGAUGAUUGGAGCAAUGAGGGAUGACCGGAGUAAUGAGGGAUGAUCGGUGUUGAUUGGGUUGCAAGAUGAGAAGAUAUCUGAGGAUAGAGAGAGACGAGAGGUGAGGGAAGAUGAAGACAGGGGUAUUUAAGGAAUUUUAAAAUUUUUAAUAUAUAAAUUAAUUAAAAUGACGUGGACUAAGUUAUUUUCCACGUAAUUAAAUAUUUCAAACAAAAAUUGAUUUCGUGGCAACUUAACGUGCCAUCUGGCACUUCCGUCGACGAAAGGAUGAAAUUGGUCUCAAAAUUUGAAGUUCAAGGAUUUUUUUAGUACUUUUUGAAGUUUGAGGCAUUAUUCAGUCACAAAUUCUAAACAUGGAUCUGCUGUUAGGAUUGAACAGGGCAUAUGCUUUGGUUACUCGAGAAGAGAAACAACCAGCACUGAUGGUGAGUCGUGGCCCUUUGAUUGAAUUAGUUGCUUUUAUUGUGAAAAAUUCAAAUAUCCGAGGAGACAACAUGAACAAAUCUCAAGAUCAACCACCAAAAUGGAAGAAGGGUGCUAAGAUGAAUAGAAUCCAAGAUCAAUCCACAACUUGGAAAAUUGGUACUAAACCAAGGUGUGACCAUUCUAAGAAGGUUGGCCAUACAAAGGAUAAAUGCUUUGAGUUAAUUGGAUAUCCAGCAAGUUGGCAAAACAGGGGGAGUUCUUCCAAGGAACAUCAUGUAUUUUCUAAUGUAGCAAAUAAUGCUGCCAUGGUUGAUAAUGCUAUAAUGGAUCAAUCUAAUGCUUCUCCAUUAAACCUGAGCUCAUCAAUGUCUUCAGUCAUAGGGUUAACUCUUGAACAAUAUGACUAGUUAAUGUCUUACUCUCUAAACAACCCAGUGUGUCAAAUUUUGUUGGUAAGAGCUCCCAAAAUCCUUUUAAUAGUUUCUUUUGGAUUAUUGAUAAUGGUGCUUCAAAUCAUAUGACUUGUCACAAAAAUCUUUUGCUCAAUCCUAAUUCUUCUCAGUUUUUUCAGUCGAUUCAAUUACCAAAUGGUUCCAACCUCAUUGUUGAUUGUAGUGGGGAUCUUCAAUUCUCUCCCACAUCCUUUUAAAUAAUGUUCUUUAUAUUCC